AAAAACAAAGAAACGAAAGCGAAAGGAAACAACACAAACACACUUACAAAACCACUCCUAUAAAAAACUGCUACAUUGCAUUUACAUAAUUGCUUGCUAUAGUAUAUAUCUUUCCCACAAUCUUCAUUUUCUUUUCUUUCUCAUAACAACACCACCUACAACUCCAUUGUUUUUUUUUAAGACUCAGUAUCCAGUCCAAUGACCGAUUAACUCGUUAUUACAUUGCAAUAUGAGCCCUUUGAAAGGAAAGAAGAAACAAACGACAGGAACAACAAGCGAAACAACGACACAAGAACAACAAACGGCAUGGGGAGGACGAUACCUCGGAGUACGAAGAAGGCCAUGGGGACGUUACGCGGCAGAGAUUCGAGAUCCUUCUACGAAAGAAAGACACUGGUUAGGAACAUUCGACACUGCUGAAGAAGCUGCUUUAGCUUACGAUAGAGCGGCACGUGGCAUGCGUGGAUCACGUGCCAGAACCAAUUUUGUUUACGCUGAUACUCCUCCAGGUUCUUCCGUUACUCCAAUACUCUCCCCUGACCAACAACAACAACAACAACCUCAAACUUUUCAUGAUCUUUCUUUUGUUCUUCAACCCGACCCGGUUCCUUGUCUUGACCCGGUUUCAAUCAUAACUUCCUCCGUUAAUUACGGUUACAAUGAGGAAAAUAUUAAUUAUUUAAAUAAAUAUAAUCAUUCUCCUCAAGUUCCUCUUCCUACAUUGGAGGCUAGUAUUAAUAACGGAAAUUCCUAUUUUAACCUUGGUAGUAAUAGUACUACUAGCAGUGUAGAGCUUCCUCCUUUGCCACCGGAUAUUACAAGCUCCACGUGUUAUGAUCAGGGUAACUAUGGAUUCAACGGUGGUGAUCAUGAUCAUGAUCAUGAUAAUGGGUAUUAUUAUUCUUCAUCAUGGGAGCAGAAUAUGGAUUGUUAUAAUAAUAAUCAAAUGUUUGGUACAAAUAUGGGAGGUGCAGAGAGUAAUAAUACUACAACAUUAGCAGGUUCUGUUAAUGGUAGUACUUUUGAUUUUGGGAGCUCGUCUUUUUUCUUCUGAUCGAGUUAGAUCAAUAUUUAACGUUUUUUUUAUUUAUGUUCGAGUGUUUUUGGUUUUUGUGUGUGAGUACUAUAGUGUGUAUGUUGGUUUGUUGUUUUCAUUUGUGCAUGUAGUGGAUAUGUUCCACGAUAUUAGCCAAUGAGGACAUUGUCUUAUUAUGUAUAAUAAGUGUUCGGUGAGUUUUGUAUGCUGUCUCCAUGGAGACAAGUGCAAGGGGUACAAGAUGUUGAUUUUGUUACAUCUAAACUAGAGUGAACUCUAUCUUCUUUUUUGGUCAAAAGUAUUGUGUCUCUUUUUGGUCAAAAGUGUCCUAUAUCUUGUUAUAUUAUACAUAGUUUUAUGGAACUAUAUAUUUUU